GGAAGCCGGUUACCUCCAGGAGCCUGAAUCGCCCUCAGCAGCCCGGAUAACCUGGUCAGUGCAGUCCAGGACUUCAUUCCGCCCUCUCAUCCUGUACCCGAUAGUGUUGUGGACCAGCGAACAAACCAAGGCUCCAAGAUGGCUCAGAAGAUAAAGGCAGGCUCUGUGGUGGAGAUGCAGGGAGAUGAAAUGACCCGGGUCAUCUGGGAGCUCAUUAAGGAGAAACUCAUCUUCCCCUACCUGGAGCUGGACCUGCACAGCUAUGACCUGGGCAUGGAGAACCGCGACGCCACCGACGACCGCGUGACAGUGGAGGCGGCAGAGGCUGUCCAGCGCUACAGCGUGGGCAUCAAGUGUGCCACCAUCACGCCAGACGAGAAGCGCGUCGAGGAGUUCAAACUGAAGCAGAUGUGGCGCUCGCCCAACGGGACCAUCCGUAACAUCCUGGGCGGCACGGUGUUCAGGGAGGCCAUCAUCUGUAAGAACAUCCCCCGACUUGUGCCUGGCUGGACCAAGCCCAUCAUCAUCGGCAGGCACGCCCACGGGGACCAGUACAAGGCCACGGAUUUUGUGGUACCCGGGCCGGGGAAAGUGGAGAUGACAUACACGCCCACAAAUGGGGAGCCAGUCAAGUUUGUCGUUCAUGAGUUUGAGGGCACGGGUGGUGUGGCCCUGGGAAUGUACAACACAGACAAGUCCAUCAGGGACUUUGCCCACAGCUCCUUCCAGAUGGGUCUGACCAAAGGGUGGCCUCUUUACCUCAGCACCAAAAACACCAUCCUCAAGAAGUAUGACGGUCGCUUCAAAGACAUCUUCCAGGAGAUCUACGAGAAGGAGUACCGUGCCCAGUAUGAGGCCAAGGGAAUCUGGUAUGAGCACCGCCUGAUUGAUGACAUGGUGGCUCAGGCCAUGAAGUCUGAGGGCGGCUUCAUCUGGGCCUGCAAGAACUAUGACGGAGACGUUCAGUCUGACUCUGUGGCCCAAGGCUACGGCUCCCUGGGUAUGAUGACCAGCGUGCUGAUCUGUCCUGACGGGCGGACGGUGGAGUCGGAGGCCGCCCACGGCACGGUGACACGCCACUACCGACAGCACCAGCAGGGCAAGGAAACCUCCACCAAUCCUAUAGCCUCCAUCUUUGCAUGGACACGGGGUCUGCUCCACCGGGCCAAGCUGGACAACAAUAAAGAGCUGCUUACAUUUGCUAAAGCGCUGGAGGCCGUCUGCAUCGAGACCAUCGAGGCCGGCUACAUGACCAAGGACCUGGCUAUCUGCAUCAAAGGCCUGCCCAAUGUGACACGUGCAGACUACUUGAACACCUUUGAGUUCCUGGAUAAACUGGCAGAGAACCUGAAGGUUAAGCUGGCCAAUCAGCCCAAGCUGUGAGCUCUCCUCCCAGCCUCUGCAGUUUAAACACGGACACACACACACACACACACACACACACGGUCACAUAUACACACGCAAAAACACAUACUCACGCACACAGAGACAUCUGUAUACCUACUGCAGUAAUGGGCCCCAACUGGAGCAGGGGUGAGUGUGCCCAGGACUCCAGGAGAUCUCUGGACUGAAAUGAAGUCAUUCCCAAAAGGGGGUCUGUGAAAAAAGCAGGGUGCCUUUGUCCAGAGGAAAGAGGACCGGAGGCUUUUUAUCCAAACAGGCCACACCCCCUCCUGAUGUAUUACUCAACUUUAAUACGCAAGAAGCCAUACUUGUGAUGGUAAAAAGGUACAAUUUAAAUGCUCAGCAAUCUCCAGGUUCAGCACUGGGCAGAUGACAUGAUGAGCCUUGUUUACCUUAAUUGCACUAGGUCCCCUGAGGCGAGUGUGGUUUGUUUGUUGUCAGUAGGCUGUUUGUUGGUGAUCAGUGCUUGACGGGGGACUCUCCUGCCAGAAUUUGUCUGAGGGUGCCUCUUCACCCUCGUUGCCUUACUCGUUUUGUGUCAAAGUCAUAAAUCGGUUCUGUACAUCACCUACACCUUGUAAUUCAUCGUUAAGAAAUGAGUCACUGGAAUUGCACACAGCUGUUUCGUGUGAUAACAAUACCUCAAGCAUUCAAGAGACAAAAGUCUAGUUUUAGUGCCAUUGUGCAAACUAAAAGCUCUAACACUAAGGGCCUGUUUAUCACUGCUGAGACCUCAAAGCAUGGUAGCAGAAUGGCCAUGCUAGAUUAAGAUUAACGUUUUGUCUAUGACUGACAAAUUUGUUACUCAGUAACUUAGUACUAACUGAGAUGCAGCCAAAAUGACAUGAAAAAUUUGGACAGAAAUCUUAUGGUUGUUCAUUGCAUUCAGUGAGUAUUAUGGCUCCUCUAUGUAACACAGUUAUUGAACUUAUUAUGACGCAUUAUAAUUACAAUAAGAUCUUUUUUAAAUUUUGUGUCCUUGUGUUGCUCACUACUCACAGCUGGUAAAGGGGUCAGUGUUGUGGAUUUGUCCUGUCUGUGUGUGUAUUGGUAACCAGUAUGCCAACAAAGCAUUAUCAGAAGAAAACAUGCAUCUUUAUCAGUUUGUUCCAUGUGUUGGUUUGUUUUCAACAGUGUGCUUGUUAAGUCUUAAUGUGAUCAUCUACUCAAUAAAUGAGUUUUUCAA